AUGAAAAACAACGAUGAUAGCGAUGUCGCUUCAUCACCCCCGAAUAUCGCCGAAGAAAUUGACUUUAAUCUGGUCUACGCCUUGUACGCCUUUGAUUCAGCGGACAAAAAGGCAGCUAUUGUGGAUCAAGGCGAACCACUUACCCUGUUAGAUGAUUCUCAUAUCGAUUGGUGGAAGGUUAAAGUUUUAAAGAAUAAUAAAAUUGGUUACAUACCAGCCGACUAUGUUGAGUUUCCUUACGAAAAGUUAGCCAGAUUAAACCGACAUCGGAAUGUUAAUGUUGCUUCGUCGCAAAAUCUCACCGAACAAGAUCAUUUGGAUUUAAUGAAUAAAUCAAAAAAUGCCGGUGAAAAGCAAACAAGAGAAGUUAAAUUUAAAUCGCCGGAAAUUUUUGUCUUCACGGUAGAAUAUGAGGAAGAAGAGGAAGAGGAAGGAAUGGAAAUUGUAGAAGAGAUAACAGACUCAAGCGACUCCAAAGAGCCAAUUGAUAAAGUCGAAGAAGAGUCCUUCGAAGAGUCCUUCGAAGAACA